UUGUUAAGUUUGGGAGUUUUUUCAAUAGUGAAGUUUCAUUGCAUUUUGAAACUUUGUCUCUCAACAUUGCAAUAAUUCGAACAGUUGAACUAUUGAAUGAUGAAGUGGCAAUGUGACAUUAGAAAGUGAUACACAAAGAGUGCUUUUACUCAUAUCCAAUUAAGAGUUUUUCACAUGUGAUGACCAGUAUACAUGAAAAUUUGUGGUCUUGGGUAGGAAAUUUGGUGGAAACAAUCAAUAAACUUACACAUGAUUUAGUCAACUUAUUAUCCACAACGUUUGAGUUGACGUUACAUUCGACCGAUACCAUCGUUAAUAAUGAAUUUCAACAAAAAUUAUCUGGGUUUUUUUACGAAUUUAUUGCUUUAUUAGCGUUUGAUGACUUUCAGUUGCAACUGUUGAAGAUUUUCUUAUUCACGUUUGUUAGUAUCGUGGCACUGCUUUUAAUUGCUUGGCAUAUUUACGGCCCUAGAAUUUCCACACAAUUUAUGGAACCAAAAUCUGUAACAGAGGAUUUCGACUCUUCAUCUGGAGAAUAAUUGUUAUCUAAUAAUUAACUUGAGUACGAUAAUUGCAAGUGUUUUAUGUACUAAAACAUAUUUGCGAUACAAAAUUAACAAAAAAAUCUUGAUGAUUCAUCAGUUAUAACGUAUCACGAUACUGAACUAAUA